AUGGCUCGAGUGAGAGAACACUACUGUAACCAACAUUACGAGCAGAAUACCCAGAUCAAGGAGAUCUGCCGACGCGUAGGUGACACGGUCCCCUCUUUGCGCAUGUCGGGCUCGACUACAUUGGACCACUCUCUAACUUGUCUACAAGCGCCAAAUAUGACCGGAUAUACAUCACCCCUAUGCAACCAUGGCAGGGGAGGAGUAUACGAACGACUCAUCAAACCAGUUAAAAUUUCGAUGUAUAAGUCGCUGCAUGAGCAGACCCCGUCCGGAGAAGAGCUCAACCGCUGA